GAAAUGACAAGCGUGUCUAACAUCUCUGGUUUGGGGUUUGUGAUACCUGACUCCUGUUGUUUUCCCAACUAUCCUUUGCUUGGAAAUGGCUUUGGCUUCUUCACCAGCUAAUCCCAGUUUAGAUGCUGAAUGGCAGGAGUGGAAGAGGAAAUAUGAGAAAACUUACAGCCAGGAUGAAGAAGGCCACAGAAGAAUGGUGUGGGAAGAAAAUAAGAAGAAAAUCGAGGAGCACAACACAGAAUAUGAACAGGGCAAGAGCAGCUUCUGCAUGGGCCUGAAUGAGCUUAGCGACCUGCUUACAGAGGCAACAGGGAGAAACCAAAGGAGGAAGAGGUGCUGGAUUCACUUCUGCACAGGGAGAGAUUCAAAACAUCUGUGGACAUCUGUGGGUUAUCUUGUCCCAAUUCUGGGAAUGGAGAUCUAUUUGGAGAACAUCCACAAGAACACAGGGAGAUGGAAAGUCCCAAAAAUUCACAUGCAAAAGAGACUUGUCAACACCAUCAGCAUUUGGCAGCACUUAAGAUGCCUCAGGUGAAGCAUUCAAACCAGAAGCUGCCAAAGCCCAUCUGCCACCUAGGCAGCCCACAGAGGCAUCUGUGGCCACCAGUUCAUCCCUAGAGACUUCCUUUGCUUCUCGUAAUAAACACCUGUUGCCCAGAGAUUC